AGUUAUCUUACUUUAUGUCUAUUUACAGCAUUGCCCACAAUAAUUUCAAGAAUACCGUUACUUUAAUUAUUUAUUUCUAUUUAUUGUUAAGAGUAGAAGAAAAACAUUGGCUAAAAAGGGCCUACACCUAGCAUAAUACUACUCUCUGUUCUUUUGUCAGUUGGAAUUGAAUGUUGUAAUUACUAAAGACUAAAAAUUUGGUCCAGUAAUUGUGCUCUUAAUUUUUAAAUUUUAAUAUUAUCAAAUUAAUUAUGGCUGAUGAAGUUAUAUUUGAGUUCUUGCACAUGGAAAUGGUUGAUUAUGUCUACAGAGAAGCAUCCAAAGAUGAACGAGUUAGUUUGAGUUUAGGUCGUAGUGUAGAGUUUAGCAUAUUUUACUUAAUAUUAAUAAGUUAGUAGGACCAGUUUUUAGUAGGUAUAUUUAUGAAUAAAGUAGGUCAAGGCAGUGGCAUACCUAGGGGGACCUUACAGGGUUUUCCAGCCCCUGGCAGCACUUUUUUCGGUAACUUAUUUGAAAUUUAAAGCACAUGGUGGCCUUUUCUUCCAACUGCAGGCACUGCAGAUGAUUUAUUUUGUUAAAGGCUUAAGGGGGAAGGGCAAAACUGUUGACCCACCCCUAGCUUUACCACUGGGUCUACUGAAAGUUAAAUCAAAUAAAUGUAAACCUGCCAAAAUCACAUUUUUUCAUUCAUUUUUAUAUCAAACACAAUUAGGCUUUAUCUAAAUUGGCUUUAAUAUAAAAGGGGUUAAACCAACCCUGUUAACUGAAGUGGGCAAACUAGCAUUGCACAACAAAAGUCAAGAUACAGAAAGUAAUGAAGUAAAAUUGGGGUGAAAUAAAUAAAAUCAUAAUCAAUGGUGCAACAGCCUCAAGUCGCUUGCCUCUAGCUGAUGUAAAUCUUCUACAUCCAUCUCUAUUUUGGUCUACUCAUAAACGUUCUGCCCUUAGUCUGUAAACCUGGCUCCUCUAUGCUCUGGCAUUCUUUCAAGGUGUCCUAUCCUUUUUUAAGUGCAGCGACACGUACAACUGGGUGAAACUAAAGACUUAUUUAAUUUAAUAGGUUGAAAAAAUUAUACAAAGUGCCCUUCAAGAUUUUAAAAGGUAUUAACCUAAAUAUUAUUACUUUUUCAGGAGCAGUGCAUAUCAAAGCUUGAGGCAUUGGGUUUUCGUGUGGGACAGAGUCUUAUUGAAAGGUUAAUUGUUGAACAUUUAAAUCACCUUUGUGUUGACCUGUCUUAAGUCCCUCUAAAUUUAAUAAACAUUAGAUGAUACCAUGAGUAAUGCACUCCCUUUUGAUUAAGAAUUGACAGAUAUUUUUUGUAUGUAAAUAUCCAACGUGAAAUUUUAAUUAAUUUUUUUUUCUUUGCAGAUUUACCAGGGAAAGUUCCCGUUUUAAAGAUGAACUUGACACUAUGAAGUUUCUCUGUAAAGAUCUUUGGAAUCUUGUUUAUAAGAAACAGAUAGACAAUCUUAGGACUAACCACCAGGUUUUAAUCAAGGGUUUCAUUAUUGGGAAAAUAGUUUAAAAUACUAAACUGUAAUGCAAAUAGCAAACACAAUUUUAAAAAUAUUUUUCAUAGUCUCCAUAGGCAUUUUCUCUAUGAUACAAACUUUAUUUUAUUUCCAUUUUCAAACUAUUUCUUGCAAUUCCAGGGUGUCUAUGUAUUGCAAGACAAUAAGUUCAAAUUUCUAGUUCAAAUGUCAACCGGAAAACAGUAUAUGGAAUCAGCACCAAAGGUGAGACUAUAUUAAAGCCUUUUAUUUAAUAAACUAGACUAAAUUAAUUUAAUAAAAUAAAUUAUUAGAUAUAAAUAGACAUAUGAAAAAUAUUUAUUUAAAUAUGAAAGUAGGAUAGUGUUACAUUCAAACUGGACAAAUCUUAAGCUAAGAGAUGUGACAUUUUUGAAAAGCAGAAAUAAUACUUCUUGAAUUAUAAAUAAAAUUACAAAAGAAUGCAUUGUUUCUUGAAAAUUCCAGUACUUGGCAUUUCCAUGUGGAAUGAUAAGGGGUGCACUCUCAAAUCUUGGCAUUAAUUGCAUAGUCACAGCAGAAGUCAGUGCUAUGCCAGCUUGUAAGUAUUUAACUCUUUAAAAAAAUUUUUUUAGCCUAUUCCACCUGUUACAAAAAAUAAGUCAUUUAUGUUUUUGUGUUUGCUGUUUUUUGUAUUCUGCCAUGACUAUUCACAUUAUUUAAUGAUUUCUUUUAAAAAAUAUAAAAUAUUUAAUGGGAUAUAAUUAUUACCGUAUACUGGAGAUGCAACCAGUUAAUUUAUAAAUUCAUUUUUUAAUUCACAUUUGCCCUCCAUUUUUACAGGUAAGUUUCAAAUACAAAUUCAAAGAUCAUGAUUCUUUCUGCGAGAUUGUCAGAAUUCAAGGGACCAGGCUGAGACAGUUGAGAGGGCUGUGACAUGAGUACAUAUUUGAAAAGAUUGCCAUGAUUUUAACUUGGGUUUUUAAAAUUCAGUGUGCUGUAAUUUGAUUGUUUUCAAAUGGUAAAAUUUAGUUGAAAGUAAUAUUUCUUAAGUAAAAAUGCGAUCCAAAGUGCUGAAUUACAUUAUAUGCAGAUUAUACUUAAAUUGUGUGUUGACUUAAUGUAACCUUUUAAGAAGUACUUCUCUAAUGAAUGAAUGAUUUCUCAUUUCAAGAUGAUGUGCAAUUUAUUUUGUCAAACAUAGCAUAUUUUGUCCAUUUUAUGAUUUUGCCACAAAUUACAACUUUUCUUUUUUUUAAAAUGACAUGACUGCAAGAUGAUUCACUUUAUAAACUGUCUAUUUUGAUAGAUUUACAUAGUUUUUUAACCAAAUGGGUGGCAUUUAGUCAGAUAUCGCUUGCAACAUAUGGAUCUGGAUAACUUAUUAAGACCAUUUGUAAACCUAAUGAUCAAGACUUUCAAUUUCUGAAGACAAGGUUUUCCAGGCUCCUCAAUACCUUACAACGGAAAUUCUCAAAAUUGUUGGCCACUGACUCCAUUGUUUCCUAAAGCCCAUCCCUAGCACUAUCCCCUGUUAUAAGCAAUUAACGGGCCAGUAGUUUGAGCAUCUCUCAAAAGAAUACUUUUUUGUUGUUGUUUUUUUCAUUUCGCAAUGACUUAAAAUUUUGCUUCAGCUCAAUAUUAUAUUUAACUGAAUUAGGUCUUCCUACCUUAUUCAAACUGCCUCAGUAUAUUUAGCAUGCCCAAAUGGUCUUACAAUACUUGCAUAGUUGACAAUUAAAAUAACUCAUGAAGCCCAUGCUCUGUUAAACUGAGUAAAUUUUAAUACAAAAAGUGAUUAAAUGAGUAAAUGUUAAUACAAAAGUGUGAUUACUGGUACCGGAGUACAUUUUCUACAUGAAUCAUAAUUUGUUUUAAAUCAUCUUAAAUUUUAGGCAUGUAUGAUUUUUUUUUCUUUAAGAAAAGCUCUUCACUUGAUAUUGUUUAUAUUAUAUGUUCUUUCAAUCCAUUCAUUUGCAUUUAUGAAAUAAUUAUAGAUGUGUGAGUAGACUUGUAAUUUAUUAAACUUGUUAAUGCUGAGAUUAAUUUAAGUUUUCUUUAAACCUCAGGGCAGCAUGGAAAAAUCGUUAUGUUGUUUUCCAGAUGUCAGAGGAAUUGUUAAUAUGUUGUUAUUGUGAUGUAAGAAGAAUUGUUAGUAUGUUGUUGAGGUGGAAGUACACAUUUGGAUAGGCUUCAGCUACUUUUCAGAC